AUGAGCAGGCGGCAGAGUAUCUCCUCCUCCUCCUCAUACUACCAGCCUUCCUCCCGACCAGAGUCUCCCGCCGUCUUUACUUCUCCCUCUUCCUCUUCUGCAAACAACAACAAUAAUACCUCGUCCUCCAAGCAGUACUCACACCAAAACCUCGCCCCACCGCAGCAACAGUACCAACAACAACAGCAACAACAGCAACCCCCGCCACCAUCGAGAAACCAAAAGGCUGACCAGAUCCUCCAGAACUUUUAUGUCAAGGUCAUUCAGAUUGUCGUCCUCGCCAGAGUGACGCACCCUGAUGUCCAUGCAGGAAUCGCGCCCAGGAAAGGUUCACUGCGCGGAGCUCCUCUCGUGAAAAAGACAAGCAGAUGGUUCAAUUUGGAGCUGGAGGAUCUGGAUAUCUACAAAGAGGAUGCAAAGUUCUGGAGGGCAAUGGCCAUCACGGAAUCACCGCCGACCAUGUCGGUGGAGCUGUUCUUGGACACGUCCGAAUUAUCGUCGAACCAUGUUCUGGUGCUGUUGGACGAGAACAAUCGCAAGAACAGGGUCGAUCUCAGUGGAACAGGGCUUCAUUCAGUAGCAUCGACACCUCUAGGCCAGAGCAGGACCCAACGCAACAUCAUCCUCGAGUCAUGGUCCCUCAACCUCAGUAGCACGCCCCCAGACCCGGUCCCUGAACCACCGGUCGUGUACAAGAAAUCCAUCAUCUUCUUCAGGUCCCUCUUUGCCUACAUGCGUCUCCUGCCUGCCUACCAGCUCUACCGACAGCUAAAGAAACAGAACCAUCCGCUCAAGAUCGGUUUCCGUGUGAGCCGCGGUCAGAGCCCCGAGGAGAGCAUGUUUCGUGAGUCUGAAAUUGGAAUUGAGGUACCACUGAUCGAGGGCGAGACCAGGCCCAUGCUCUCAGAAUACCGCUUUGGUCAAGUAGAGACACCCCUCGGGGAUUUUUCAUUGAAGGUGACAUAUCGGAGCAAUUGCGAGUUCCAGGUGGAUGAGUCAGAGACAAUGCAGCGCUCAAGAUUCAUCGACAUGGACGAGAACUAUUUUACACCAACUAUUGUCGCCCAUUCUCAAGAGUCUAGCGCACCCACAAGAAGACCCCCGUCAUCAACACCACUUGCACGGAGGCCCAGCAGCGAGAUGUACAGCUCAGGAGUACUCCAGGAAAACUUUAAUCCAGUGCAAACACCGAGACCACGUCGUAACAGUGUUCAGUCGCUGCAGCAGCGCUCAGGCGAAUAUUCUUCUUCGCAGUCGUCAGUUUCUUCAUUGGGAACUCGCAUGUCCAGGAGAGGCUCCAACGGUGGGCCUGGAGGAUUAUUUACGCCUAUUGAAAACCAGAACGUAGCAGGCACCCCACCCUUCUCAGUCGCUCAUGGAGGACAUGCGACAGUGGCCAAACAUUAUGUCGAUCCCAUUAUGGAAAGCCCACCCUUCAAACUCUCGACGAGCCAAACGGACAAUCGGCGACAACCGUCAUCGUCCUUUUCGCCAUUCAAGUCGCCAUCAUUGUCAUCGUCACCAUCACCAUCAUUCAUGGAAGCGCAGCCUCCGUCACUGCCGUCGCGACCAUCAUCGAUUCACUUGCACCGGUCACCAUCCUCGUCUUCAAUGAACCGUGUUCAGAGUUCUCAGAUGCAAAAUUCAGGAUUUCUAGGAUCAGUCCCAAAGACUGGCGGGACCUUGUCGUCGUUGCCCAGCGGCGGAGCCAACAUGCUGUCAACUUCUGUCAAAAGCAACGCAUCCUCGUCGACAUCAGCCCCACGGGUUACUUCUAGCUUCGGGCAUCGGCACGAUUCAUCAGGACGACGUGCUUCCAGCGAAAGUUUGCCUCCUGGACGCAACCGUAACUCUAUCGUCGGCAACUCUUCAUUGUUUCAGCUUACGUCGGAUGAUGACGAUGUGAACGAGUUUAUGAAGAUGCUGGACACCCCAGAACCACUAAAGAUGUUUGAAAAGGCUGGUGGAUCAGGAAUAGGGCCCUCCUUUGCAUCGGAUGACAGCAAUUUGACAGCCUCAGGAAUGAGGACCAAAUCGACACUUGACCGUUUCCAGCAGCUUAAGCAGAUCAACUCCAAUCUGUCCGAAUCUAUGUCCAACAGUCAGAUCCUCGCCAAGGAGCAGGAGAACCAGUCGCCCCUGACUGUGACCACAAACCUGAACCGGCGCUCGAUCUUGGGUGACUUGGAGCCUAGCAGCCCGACAGGACUACCUUUUGCGACUACUGUUAGUCGACACUCACAAUCGUUCUCGUCUCACCAACCGGGAACCCCUUCACCCUUGCACUCGGAGGCGCCAGUAUACCCAUUGAGGUCGUCUGGCCGUGGUGAAAACCAGUCAGGUCUCUCGCAUGCAUCCUCCAGAGAGCCCUCAACAGGAUCUACCCCCAUCAAGCGGCAGUCUUGGUUGCUCGAAAGCCCCAGCGGGGGGAGCGGUAUCCACCGUGACCUUGUACGGAGGAGUGCCAACAUUGGCAACCUUGCGUUCCGACAUGGCAGUCUGGACCAAGGCAAGGACAUCCUGGGCAUGGAGGAGGCAAUGGGAAGGAUGAAGGUUGAGGGAGCAGGAGGCGAUAUCGCGUUUGGAUCUUACCCUGAGGAUGUACACCAUCAGCAUUCUUUGUAUUCUGCGCCUCUCAGCACUGGGCGUGACGGCUCGUCGUCCUCGUCGUCCAACACGGCACCGUUUCCGACGUUUGGUGCAGAUCCUCGGCCUAUUCCUUCUUUGGCCAGUGGAGGUACUUCGACGGGACGUCCUGGGCGGCUUUUAAGACUUGGAAGUGGAUCGAGUGGAGCCAGCUUCACGCUUCCUCGACUUCGUCCUCGUGCUGCAGAGGAUAACGAAUCAUUGAACGAGUUGAACUCUGUCGACAGUGCUGAGCGAUCCAACCGGAGACGUCAGAGCCGUCAUGGUCGAGAUGAAGACGAUGAGAUGGAUGAUGAUGGUGAUGAUGACGAGGAUGCGGACCUACGGGAAAGACGAGACGUGCAAGGACGUGACGACAAAUCGGGCCAUAACACCAGCCUGAAUGAUGACGACGAUAUGUUGUUCAUUAUGAGCGAGCUGAGCCCUGCAUCGAAUUCUGGUCAGGAUAUGGGACUUGUAUCAGCAGGCUUGGGCGCGUUGCCUUCCGAUGGCAUAAUGGCUGGAGGUGGCCUUGGACUCAGUGAGCGUGGUGCCGGUGGCAUGUUGCCCCUGACAGGUGCCAUGCUGAACCUGCGCUCCCAGUCACAAUCGCCAGCGCUCGGGCCUGGUAGUGGUGCUGCAAGCUCAUCGUCUUCACCCCACCUGCGACUCUUCGGGCGGAACAACAGCAACAACGGCGGCAACGGAAACAACGGAGCUGCCGGCCAUCCCCUAGGACAUAACAAUGGCAAUGGUAGCAGCGGCAACAGCCAUCAUUCGAGCAACAACAACAGUCGCUCCAACAGUGUGAGCCACAGUCGCGUUGGAUCUGGAAGCAACACCAACCACAACAGUAUUGAGCACCUGGGACUGUUGAGGCGGUCUGGUUCAGGAUCUGGAGCUGGGUUUGUAGAUGAGUUGCUGUUGAUGAACGCAGCUGGCAAUCUCAUUGGAGGCAACAGUAGCCACAACCAUGCUGGGGACUAUUUGCCAACUACGUCUAUGACAGCCCCACCCCUCAUAUCCUCAGCGCAGCAGUCCCAGCAGUCUGCCCUUCCACCUGUUGGGUACACUUCCGGCACAAACACUACUGCUACUGGUGGAGCUUAUGAUACGUUGAUGGGGGGACGCCGGAUGAGCCGUGGCGGUAGUGACCGUGGCGCAGGAAGUGGAGCGAGCAGCGCGUAUAACAGCUUUCAUUCUGACUCUCGCGGAUGGUGA